UUUCUGUAAAUAUUAAAAAAAAUUAAAAAUGAAAAAAUUCCCCACUCUAGGGAACGCCGAGACUGAGAACGCCCCCUUUCCUUUCCCCCUCCUCUCGUUGGAGGCGGCCGGGGAAGCUGGUGGGCAUAUGGAGUGCGCGGCGAAGGGGCUGGUGGCGGAGCCGUGUGCCGGCGAGGCCCGCCGGCGCUGCGGCGGUUGCGGCGCCGUCGCCUACUGCUCGCGCGCCCACCAGACUGUGCAUUGGGGAUUUCAUAAAGAAGAAUGCGCAAGGCUCGCAGAGCAGAUGAGCCGCAUCGAUAUGCUGAAACAAUUUCCAUUCACGUUCUCUGUGGAAUCUCCUGCUCCGAAUCAUACAUUCCCUAGUCUAAGAUGUUUCCUUUUGGAAUCAUUCAAACUUCACCAAAAAGGACUCUGGAAAUCAGAAUGCAUAUGUGAUCCAGAGGUUACUUCAGUCAAGGACUUAAGCAAAACAACUGACUGGAGUAUGGGAAGCGCCCUCUGCCCAUGCACAGAGCCUGAACAUAAUGUAUCCACACCCCUGACAAGCUGGAAAGACUACUAUAGGUGGAGAUCGCUUCCUUUGCAAUCACCUGUUGCUGUUUUACUUCACUGGCCACUUACUUUAUAUCAUUGCGUUCAACUAUCGCACCUCCAAACCUCAAAAUAUGAUGGCCAAGACACUCUAUGUAUUCACUAUUUAGGACCUGAGAAAGAACUACAUCAGCUUGCGGUGUUUGGGGAACUACGUGCACUAUUUCCAGGUGUCCAUAUUUACAUUGAACUUGUGGGACCAGCAGUUCCAAAAUCUAGGGAUGGAGAGCUUGUAACUAUUUCAAACUAUGCACAUUGUUGUGAUGAGAGCUGCUUUUGUAAAUCUUCCAUUGGCUCCAAAGAUUUAAGUUGCAGUGCAGUGACAUUCAAACUACGAAAAGGGCUGUAUCAUGAGAGAUAUAGUGAUAUUGUGAAGGAUUCAAAGCCUCAUCUCAUUGUUGCCCCAAAUGCUGGUAUAGCUGCAUAUCCUAGUUGGAUUCCAACUAUUGAAAUAAUUAGGAAAGUUGGGAUUCCUGCAAUUUUCACGGACUUCUGUGAAGAAGCUGCACAUCUAGCUUCGUCCUGCAUUACCUCCAUAACUGGUCAACCCCUCAGAGUCCCAAUUCAGGUAAAUCCUUUCAGGCAACCGGUUGCAGUGGAUAAUAGUGCACUAUGCUUACCAUGCUACUCCAACUGCUUUGUUUUUGGGAUGCAGAAUUGCAAGUUUGUAUCACCAUGAAAUGUUCAGAGAUUCAACUCUUAACAAAUAAUAUCACUAACUUUUUCAAAGAAGGCAAGGAUACCAUGAAAUAUUUUCAUGGACGAAAUUGCCACCUGUUUUUAUUAUUUAGUCUUUCAGAAUAGAUGCCUUGGUUACUUGUAAGAAUGUAAGAUGCACUCAUCAGCUCAUGCUUGUAAAUACAGUUGUCGUAUAAUUGUAGACCUGUAGUAACUUGUAAGAUACUACAUAUAUAAUACCCUAAAGUUGCAGAAAGACUUGCUAGUAGGUAGUAGCAAUCCCAUGCUGGACAUGGUGAAAUAUGGAUCAGUUAUCAACAGCUUUUGUGCCAAGGUACUAAUGAGGUAGUGCCGAAGAAGCUUGUUGGAGACAAACUUUCUGCAAUAGUACCAUUCAUAUGGGUAGUCUGUGACAAGCCUGGAAACCUCUGCUUCAAGCACAACAACAAACUCCUAGCCCUACUUGCAAGGAUCAGAUUCUUGUCCCCAUCAGCAUUCAGCUCAGUAACAUUUUCCCAUUUUGACACCACAUGGGUCAUGCUUGCUUUUCUCCGCCAUACGUACAUCGCAGCCUCAACACGGUCUGCAAUCUCAAGUGCCUCAUGUUCUGAGCUCAAGUUGAGGAAGUUGAGGAGGUGGUCUGGUGAGAACUGAUCCCCUGCAGACAUGUACCGGUAUAUGGCAUCACCCACGCCAACCUUCCCACUCUGUUGAGUAGCAGAAAUGCAUUUAUCAGGGGGAAAUGAUAAUUUCAGUAAUCAGGACCAUAGAAAGACCCAGAUCAAGCAGUUUCUCUGUACCUUUGGCAGUGUUUCUAUGUAUGACAGUGGAACCUGCAUUUCAGAGAGGAUGCCGCUGUUGAUCUCCAUGGCCAUCUUGUGGAUUUGGCUUGCUUGGUCCCUCUUUUGUUGCAGCUCACGGUGCAUCCGAUCAGACAGGCCUGACUCUGGGACACAUGGUUCAGGGAGCCACCACUUGUCCUCGCUGCGCUGAAACUUCAUGCUGUCACUGAAGGACUGCUUUCUCUGAUCUAUGUACCAGAAAUCUGUCUUCUCAAAGCUAUCCAAUAUUUCCUGCAAAAAUGGUGUGCAAUUAUUGGUCAUACAUUGUACUACAAAAGUUGUUCGAAAGGAGCCUUCCGGAAUUCCGCAAAUCGGGACUUUACCAGGAGCAUAGUUUCCAGUUUUUCAAGUGCUGGAAGGUUCAUUAGUAUGUCUGAUCUUGGUGAGGUUGCCAUCACCUGUAGAAAACAGAAAUUUGUGCCUAAGUAGACAUGCCAUGAAGAUGAAACUUAUCAGAGUGUGAGACGUGAUAUUCUUGCAAUGGAAUUACAUCAUGAGUGCUUCCAUCUGGCAUGGCCUGGACUUUUGGUGAGAAUUCAACAAUGUAUUCGCAGAUGGAGAGGAGGCAGUCCAUCUCCCUGUUCCACAUCGCCUUCUUCUCAGGAGGCAGUGGCUGCAACCUGUGGCAGGUUCCAAACACAGUUGCUGCAGCCAAGAACAAGCACAGAGGUCAACCCACUGUUGCCUGCAUCAAAGACCAACUUAACAGAAGAUUCAUCUGCAAUUCUCAGAACUACCAUAUAGAUUGGUGAUGGCAUUGGAGAUGGCCACAGCCGUGCAGACACCCUUCCCACUCCCAGACAUGUCCUCUCCAAGAAGCAGCUUGGUGUACUUCUCCUUCAUCAGCUCCAUCUCUGAACAACACCCAUCAAUCAACCACCAGAAACACCAGAGGACACUACCAGAAAUCAAAACAGGUUGGCAUAUCUAUACCUUCAUCCUCCAGGGACUUCUCGUUCACAACUUGCUGCAGCUUCUUCAUGCUGAGCUUGCUCACCGAUGGCGAGAGGCGUGGUGCCGUGGACGUCGUGCGGCUCAUGCUUCUCCCUCGUGGCGGCGAUGGCGUAUAGUGCUCCUGCUCCUCGCCACCGCCAUUGUCGGAGAACGACGACACACGGAACAGCGGUCGCGCGUAGUCGCGAUCGUAGCCGUGUUUGUGGAAGCCAGGGAAGCCUGAACCUCCACUCAUGGUUGCAGCUGUUCUUGCUGCCUGCUUCUGAAGACCUGCAAGAAAGACGAUGAAUGGGAAUGGCACAAGAAUGGAGGCAUGCCAAGAACAGAGAGGAUAGGUACCUGGUGUUAUUGACUUGCUUUCCCUUUUUUGGUGAUCAUGUCAUGGCUGUCACUUACAAGUGUAUGGAACAAUAAUAAAGGCAUAGGGGCUAUCUUUCCUUGACAUGGGCUGUUGCAAUCAAUAUGGUUUGCAAUUAUGCAGGCAUGUGAGCGAUUUGCCCCCACAGUGUAGGACAAUAAGGUUGGAUUGGUUGGAUGUCUUGCAGGUUUGGUGAAUGUGUUAACUGUCAGGAAGGUACAAAAUUUUGGCACUUGGUGCUGUCACAUUGUACCCAGAUUUUGACUCACAUUUUCGGUGACCAUCUAUUUCUUCAAUUUAAGUAA